AUGACGAUUGACGCAUCGAUCAACGACUUCUUCCAGCGCUCUGGACUGACAUCCCGAGAUCGACUAGAAUGCAACAAAUUCAUCGAGAGCCUCUAUCCAGGCAGACUUAUUUCUCCGGCAUCAUGCCAGGGCUACUGUUCAUUGACCAUCUUCGUGGGGGAUGACACGGUCAUCCAAUUUCGCACUCAUAGCUAUCGUCUGGAUCUGCGAAUCACGGACGCUGCCCAAGAGGUUUAUGGCACCUUCGCUCCCGAGACGACAUAUUUGACAACCUUACCAGAGUCUAGGCUGGAUGUCUAUCACAUGGGAAGGAUUGCAGGUGUAUCUUUCAAACUCUUUCGGGCGAGUGAAGCUUUGAUCGCUGGAUCUACAAAUCAGCGCAUUGAGCUUUGCAAGGACUUCGCCACUUUUCUUGCUAAAUCAUGGCUCAAUGGCAAUACUGAAGACCUGCCUCUUGGCCAAGUUGGAAAGAGUCUCGUAAAUCGCCUCAAAUCCCUCGCUACAGACCUCCCGCCGCGAUUUCAGCCAGCGGUUAGGGAUGUGCUUAGAAACUUUCAUAGAAUUGAAGGUCUUCCAUGGGUAUUAACACACGGUGAUAUCGUGGCGGCGAAUAUCAUGGUCAAUUCCUCCACCGGGAGGUUGACGGGCUUGGUCGAUUGGGCUGAGGCGGAACGAUUGCCUUUCGGUACAUGCCUGUAUGGAUUGGAAGAGAUCCUGGGAGAAAUGACCACAGCUGGGUUUCGAUACCAUGAGGAUGCUGAGGAGCUACGAGCUCUAUUCUGGACUGAGCUGCAAGGAUGUGUUUCAGAUUUGGAGCAAAAGCCGGUGCUCGAUGCUGUGAGGCUGGCAAGAGAUCUUGGGGUUCUGCUCUGGCAUGGAAUUGCGUUCGAUAACGGGGCUAUUGACCGAGUGGUACAAGAGGGCCGAGACAUUGAAGAGAUUCAAAGACUUGACGCAUUUCUGGACCUAAGUGGGCAUAAAAGAUGUGGACUGGAUUCCCAAAAUGUGAUUGGGAUCAACACUUGA